ACGGCGUGGAAGUUGGAGGAGCGCCAGCGCUAUUUUGCGCCAAUAUUGGCGCAGUGUUGGGGAGACUCGCGUUGAGUUAGUUGCACAGUGAACAUUUUUCAGUUAUAUCUGAACGGUUGAGAGACUUACACAUAAUUUUAAUUGAUUUCGCUUGCUCCGCGCGAGAGUCAGUGUGUGUUGUACAGGUUUCUUGUCUUUUUUCUCUCUCCACUGUUUCUUUCUUCAAAAUCCAAGGAAAUCACAAGAAUUAGUGAAAAGAAAAAUCAGUAGUUUUUGAGAGAAGUGUGUUACGAAGAUCUUUUGCCGUCUUCAAUGAUCAGUUGAUGUGUCAAAUCCUUGUGUGUGGUUUGUUUCUUCCUUUUUUUUGAAGCAAAAUUCAGCGACGUGUGAUUGUGAGAGAAAGGAAAAGCGCCGAAUGAGUGGGAGAGUUAUUAAAAUUUAUAAUGAAAUAAAUAGAGAAAAUGUGGCAAUAUUGAAAAGCAAAUGAAGAGGAGAUAUAAUCAUAAAAUUGCAAUAAAUAAAACAAGUUAUAUAAUGCAAAAUGCCGCGAAGUGUGAUGUGUUAAAAAGAAGAAAAAAUUGUGAAAUAUAACAAAUCUCUUUCUUUCGUGUUGUUGUGAUAAACAUAUAUGUGCCUUCGCGUUAUCAGUGGAUGAUGAGAGGGUGUGUGUGCGCGAUAAGGGUGAGAGAUAGAGAGGAGAAUGGCAGGAAAGAGCUAAAAGUGGACUGUUGAAGUUGUUACCAAAGUGAACGCACGAAUUUUCCGCGGAGGGACAAAGAAUUUCCUCCUGGAGACUUUUUCUUGACCAAUAAUUAUUGUGAAGUUUCUGUGUACCUUAGCAAGAGUCCAAAAUAUACAAAGAGCAACUGAGAGAAAGAGGAGUGAAUUGUGUGGAGGAAAUUCGUAUGCCAAAUGAAGUGAAUUUACGGACAAGAGAGACACACAAAGGAGUGGAUCAACAAGUACUUUUGGUGUGACACACAGAGUCACACUGUAUAUUGAGAGGACAGAAGAAAUUACCAUAAGAGCCAAAGCGCGGCAGCGCGCGUCUCUCGUUCCAAAUUUAAAUGUUGCGAUCUCCAGCUCACAUAGUGGGUCACGGUCCAUCAGCAGGUGGAGGUGGGAUUGUGGGCAUUCAUUCACAUCCAUCGCCACAGACGCACGCCAGAACAUCGCUGUUCGACUCCUGCCACCGGAAGAUCCGUCUGAUCGGCAAUGGACCGGUAGCGUUUCUCGGUGGGCUCGUUGCAAAGGCCCGCCGCAAGGAGAGAGACGGUGACCAAAACGCAGGUGAUACUAAGCUAUAUUUAGAAGAAAAUGUUCUCGAAAGGAAGCUGCCGGAUGCGGAUUUGAAAGCAAUAGUGGAUCUACCGCCAGGCUUAGACUAUAACGAAUGGUUGGCGUCACACACAUUGGCACUCUUUGAGCAUGUCAACUUGGUGUACGGAACUAUAAGUGAAUUCUGCACGACAUCCGGAUGUCCAGAUAUGACUGGACCAGGAACAAGAAUGUACUUAUGGUUCGAUGAGAAGGGCAAAAAGACUCGCGCGGCAGCGCCACACUAUAUCGACUACGUAAUGACAUUCACGCAGAAGACAGUGAGCGACGAAUCUAUUUUCCCCACCAAAUAUGCCAAUGAAUUUCCCAGCUCCUUCGAGAGCAUCGCCAGGAAGAUCCUCAGGCUCCUGUUUCAUGUGAUUGCUCAUCUGUAUGCGGCGCAUUUUCGCGAAAUCGCACUGCUCGGCCUUCAUGCGCAUCUCAAUCUCACGUUUGCGCAUCUCACGGCGUUGCACAGACGCUUCAACUUAAUCGAAUCCAAGGAGACGGAAGUGCUGCGCGAUCUGGAAGUGGCGCUCCGGCUCACAGACGAUUGCCUUACGCCGCAGACGCCGGCCGCGAGCCAGGCGGCGGCGGCGGACGCGCCGAUGGCCGUGGAGGGUGGCGCCGAGGAGCACCAGAUCGACGGCGACGCCUCGGUGCGCCCCAUCGUGACGCAGCCCGAGUGCUGCACCAGCAACUUCGCGGCCUUCCACCCGGCCGCCGGCCUAGGCGCCCCGCCGCAGUCCUCGUCGCAGCACACGCCGGCCUAGGCCGCCUGCGCACCUUAAGCCAAUGUUUUGACCAUUGUGAUGUAUCCUUUGUUAGUUCUUUUUUUUUUAAUUACCGCAGACGAGCGAAAGCUGUUAGUUUAGAGGCGAAGCGUGUGCAGCCAAUAGCGCCCCCUUUCACCCGCUGUCGCCCUCAAAUCGCCGCUCUGGCGCGCGUCAAUUAACUGCGGAAAGGGUGGGAAGUGUGGGGUGGACGUCAUUGAGACGUUUUCGCGGGGGAGUGAAGAAGGUGCGAUUUGGGGUUUUUUAUCAAUAAUAUGAAGAAUUUGCGAGUUUGAAGGCCUGCAUUUGGAUUGUCCCAAUGAUUUUCAGUGUUGUGCAGAGGAAAAGCGUGAUUUGGAGAAGCUUCUUUUGGAUGUUUUUCACCAGAAAACACUCAUGGAAGUGAUUUGAGGGUACUUUUUGUUCUCUUUGAAGCAACAAAAAAGUUUUUAGUGACCGAAAAUCAGUGAAAUUAUUUGAAUUUUCGCAAGAAAUUAUUAUUAUUAAUUAUUAUGCUUUCAAAUGAUUUUUUUUCAUAGAAAUCUUGACUGAAAUGAUUUUAGUGCAGUAAAUAAUUUGUCAACAAUUACUAAAAUAUUUUUAUUGCACACAAAAAGAUUAUAAAACACAGCGUAAAAAUGAUAAUUUCUAUCUGAAUUUUAAAAAUGAGUUAAAGAAAGUGAUUUUAUUGGAUUUUAUCGAGGCGAAAAGAGCCUGAAAAACUGUUCAAAAAGCGAUAAAAUGUCCU